AUGGAGCCUGAGGAGGAAGAACCUGAAGAGAUGGAGCCAGAGCUCAUGGAAGAAGAGUUUGAUGCAAAUGGUAAUGUUAUUCCAAGGAAAGAUAAAGUUGACAUCGGAAAACCCACAAACUUUGCACUGCCUCCAAAGGCUGUUGCCAAAGAAGAUCGUACCACUACUCCUUACAUGACCAAGUAUGAACGAGCAAGAGUUUUAGGUGCUCGUGCACUUCAGAUCAGUAUGAAUGCACCAGUCCUUGUAGAUCUGGAGGGCGAAACUGACUCGCUCAACAUUGCUAUGAAGGAGCUCAACAACAAGAUGAUCCCUUUGGUCGUUAGAAGAUACCUGCCUGACAACACAUACGAGGAUUGGGAAGUCUCUGAAAUGAUUUUGCCAUAA